AUGAAUGUGUCACAAAAAUUUGGCGAGCUAAUAAGAAAGGGAAGCAAGUCAUUCAAUGUGAAUGUGCAGCGCAUUACAAUGCUUGCGCACGCUAGCAACCAGAGUCACACGGGCGCGGCUGUCAAGGUACGACGAUCAAGAGGGAAAGUUGAUGUACAUCGACUUGUUACUGAAAAUUUAGCGUUGGUAGGCAGGGGCUCCCAGUUCGAGAAGAAAGCUGUGCAGCAAUUUCUGUCCCCGCUGCAGGAGGAGGGAACGUUCCAGCGACAAAACGUAUCCGCAACGUUUGACACGGAAAGGGCGGUGAAGCUGCAUAGGUUGAACAAGGAAUUGCGCGGGGACCCCAAACUUGCUCCAAUUAUCGAUACCAAUUUCUUGGACCAAGUGCUGAGGCUGCUAGAGCAAUUGACCCCCAGGACGGAUCUUGAGACGGGUAAUGUUGUUUCCCUGCGGAGCACGGCUCCAGAGCACCGACCCCCAUUGACAUCGCAACUGGAGGUUCCGCAUGUACCAGAUUUCACUCUCCCCGAGAACAACAACAGUGAAGCGUUUGCGCGGUACAUCGGGCUGCUAACGCACGGGAAGUUUAUCAAGGAUUCGCAACUGCCGUUGUUGAUCCGUGCACUGUUGCACCCGUUUAAUGAGACGACGGCGCCACUGUUUACGGUGCGGAACUUCAACGAUGCGAUGUUUUACUUCCGGAAUAAGUGGGACAUCGCGAGCAUGCGAGAGACUUUCUCGCUUAUCAGGCUGUGCCGCCUGCACCGGGACACGAUGUCUUACAAUUUGAUGCUUGGUGGUGUGCUUAGGAACGCGCGAAUCCGCAAGGUUGGGAACACGACUCGGGAGUUCGUAUACUACCUGGAGCAGAUGUUGCGUGAUGGGGUUUCCGCGGACGCACACUCGUGGGGGGUUGUCUACGACCACUUGCUCAGUGACGAGGCGCGGUCGCGGUUGUUGGCUCGGUUGUGGGUCAUUUCUCCGCAGUUGGGCAGGAGCUCUGUCUUGAUGAUGCGAGUGAUGCAGAACUGUGAGGACCCUGAGAAAGUGGUGAAAUUCAUGCGAGAGCACCAUGUAGCACUGACAUCCGGGAUCCUGCGACUACUUUUACGGAAAUACCUUGCGCAGGACCGCAUUGGCGAGGCGUGGCAGGUACUGCAGCGAGCGCCUACAAGGUUAUGGGACGUGGGAAUGUUAAACGGGUUCCUGAUAUGUCUGGCGAACCGGGGCCGCGUGGACAUGUGCCUGAUGGUGAUUGGGAAUUUCCAGUCGGCAAGGGUGCCCCUGGACGGGGACGUGUUCCGGUGGCUUUACAAGGCGCUCGUUCGGAACGGGUACACACGGAAAUUCGCCGUUGUUUACCAGGAGAUUACACGAUGGCACAGACGUGUGUGUCCCGUUCGAAACACUUACUGGAAAGUGAAGUGUGAUACAAUUGUGAAAUUCAAUUGUAAAGGUUCGGACCCUACGCGUGAACAGGAACAGAAGUUACAGCUGCUUCUCAGUGGAGUGACUUGCAAGGGGUCCCUAACGUGGGAUGUGUGGAACGUGUACCCUGACUUGCGACCUUUACUGCGAUUUUUGGGGGUUGUUAAGGGCAAAGGGUCGCGUUCUGGGACCGCACCCAGCCAUAGUAUUAGUGACGAGGGUACUAAGGAGAAGAAGAGACGGUACCGUGAGCGGAUCAGACAUAUAUCUGUGGGGAACGCCAUGGCUCAACGUAUACCGUAUGCUCGUGACACUUACGGAGCAUUGGCGAGGGACUUCUUUUGGAGAUAG